AUGACCGCCCCAACAACCUGCUGCCGCUCCUCCAACAACAACGCCUCCUCGGCCGAGUGCGUCUGCGCCAAGCAAGCGACCUGCUCCUGCGGGAAGCAAUCCGCCCUCCACUGCUCCUGCUCCGCCGCCGCGACGGAGAACACGGUCGCCGGACCGAGAUGCAGCUGCCGUGCUAGACCCGCGGGCCAGUGCACCUGCGAGCGUGCCGCUUCGGAGAAUGUGACGCCUGAGAAGGCUUGUGCUUGUGGUUCAAGACCUGCUGAUGCUUGCACUUGUGAGAAGGCUGCUGAUGGGGGGUUCAACCCGGAGAAUGAGAUUGAUUUUACUACCAAGAAAUAA